AUGGAUGAACAGCUUAUAUUCGCGACGCAUUCAACAUGCACGGUCGGUAAUUUACACUCCUCUACGCAGACCAAUUUGAAGCAGUGUACGACUGAAUACGACAACGGAAUAUGUCUUGUCGGUAACAAGCACUUGUUUGUUUGCCAGGCGAAAAAAGCGUUGAUAAAUGUGUAUGACAUUGGUGGGGAAAGCAAGCGAGAGUCAGUGGAACAGAGAUUGCCGUUACCAGAGGUUUUGAGCUGUCUGGAAGUGGCGGGAACCUACGAUCAGGCACCAAACCGGAGUUUGCCAGAGUUCUGUAUGCCGCAUCUGCUCAUUGGGUCUACGCCGACUGGAAAACUUUACGUAUGGGAAUUGAACUCAGGAAGACUGUUGAAGGUCAAGCCUAUGGCGCAUUACCAGCCGAUCACAAAGAUAAAGUCGAUCAUAAACGGGACGUACAUCGUCACGUCUGGUGCGGACGCAAGAGUUAUGAUUUGGCAGACAAUAGACCUCGUCACGCAAGAAGAUCCCAAACCCGUUUGCAUUCUCCACGACCAUACCCUGCCAGUGACCGAUUUCUGCGUUUCGGACGCGCACUCCUCUUAUCUGUCUGGAAAGCUUUACACUGUGUCUCAGGACAUGACUUUGAGAUGCUACGAAUUAGAUCCUAGUAGGUUAAAAAAUCCUCGCAUUCUCGCGACGUUCACUUUUUCUUCUUCACUCACAUGCAUUGCAGCGGAUGCAGCCGAUCGCGCUUGCUAUGUGGGUACAACGGACGGCGUGUUUUCGCUUCAAUUCUUUUACAAGUUAGAAGCGCAAAAGGUUGCGAGUCUUUUGACCUCGGCAGAAAGUGCCAUUUACUCGUGCGUCGAAAGUCAUGAACACGCUAAGAAGAAUGAUUUGUUCAAAAUGAAUCAAAUCGUUUGCGACAGGCUCACAAAGGGCACUCCUUCGGCUCUGGCGUCUUCAAUGGAUGGUACACUGCUUGUUGUCGGUGACAAGACCGGCAAGUGCACGGUCAUAGACGUGUAUUCGAGGCAAUCCGUUAAAGAGAUACAGCCUUUGGUUUCGCAGGAAACCGCAGGAGCGGUAACAAGCCUCAUAUUAUGCAUGCCUAUGGAUACUCAAAAAUACACGGGAGUAAUGUUCCAGGGUAAAAACGGCACUGCAACCAAGAUACCAAACUUGCAAAAACAUGUCUCUGGCACUGAAGGCCUGCAUGACAUCGUACACCAGGUCGGUGAACCCAGAGACGAUAUCAUUCCAGUAUUGCGCGAUUUCGACGGUUUCCUCCAUCAAGUGGCUUCUCAGGAAGGUGUAUUCAGACAGCUCGGAGGCGUGACGUCCGAAGUCAGGUAUAUCGAACCACAGAUGGCAGAAUCACCAGCUGCAGCCUCCACUUAUAUGGGCACUCAAGUUACAUCGGACAGCGGUGCAGAAGUCGACCAACUGAAAAAUACCGUGUCGCAGUUGACGGACGCAUACCAGGAACUGCGUGAAAUGCAUGAAAAGCUUUAUCGCGAACACGAAGAAUUACUCGAGAAAACCACCUAA